AUGCCCUCCGGCGACGACGACGACGUCGUCGACGCGUCCGAGGACCACCCGCUGACGCUCCGCGACGACGACGUCGCCGGCGCCGGCGCCGGCGACGCGAGAGGCCGCGAUGUCCGCGGCUCGAUGAGAUCCGACGACGCGUCGUCGUCGCGUCGUCGUCGUCGCCGCCGCGGCCUCCUCCGCCGCCUCCCUCGCGUCAACGCGUGGACCGUCCUCGCCGCCGCGGUCGUCGUCCAAGCCUGCGCGGGGUUGACGUACUCGUUCGCGGUGUACAGCGACGCGCUGCGCGUCGUGUACCCGCGCCAGCGCGAUGUCGACCUCCUCGGAAGCUUCAAAGAUUUCGGCGCCUACUUCGGCGUCGCAGGCGGCGUCCUCUACGACGCCUACGGCCCGUCCGUCACGCUCGUCGUCGGCGCGCUUCUCCACGCGCUCGGAUACGUCGGCGUGUACGCCACGGUGACGCGCCGUUGGCCGGGGUUUCGCGCGCGUCCGCCGCUGUGGCGCACCGCGGGGAUCAUCGCGGUCGCGUCGAACGGCAACUCGCUGUUCGACACCGCGGCGCUGUGCGCGUCGAUGGCGAACUUCCCGACGCGGAAAGGGCUCGUCUCCGGCGUCCUGAAGGCGUACCUGGGGCUCUCCUCCGCGAUAUUCGGACAGCUGUACGACGCGUUCGUGCCGGAGAGAGAGAGCGGAGGAGCGCGGAGGAGCGCGGCGUUCGUGUUGAUGAUCGCGUGCGUCGGCGGCGCCGUCGGCGUCGCGAUGUCGCCGCUCGUGCGAAUCGUGCCCACUCAUCCGCGCCGCCGCCGGCGCGCCGCCGAAAGCGCCGCGAUGUUCCGGAGGGUGAUCCUCGCGCUCGUCGCGCUCGUCGCGUGGGUCACGCUCGCGGCGACGGUGAACGACCCGGAUUUGAUCGGCGCGUCGAUCCCGGCGUGGGUCAACGUCGCUUUGACGACGGGGAUGCUGUUAGUGUUGCUGUCGCCGUGGGCGCUUCUGAGGGGCGUCAUCUUCGGAGCGGGCGGAGGCGGCGGAUGCGGACGCGCGGGGGGGAAGAGGGCGCGGCAGGAGGAGGACGACGAGUUGCGCGCGGGGUUGUUGCCCGGCGGCGACGAGAGGACGAGCGAUGAGGAGGAGGAGGAGGACGAAGAAGAAGAAGAAGAAGAAGUCGAAGAAAAUCCCGCGCCGCCCGCGCUGCUUCGCUCGCCGCCUUUACUGCGAGGCCAGACCUCGUCCUCGCUCACGCUCGCCCAGUCCGCGCGGAGCGUCGAGUUCUGGAUCUUAUUCGCCACGCUGACGCUCUCCUCGGGCGCAGCGACGACGCUCGUGAACAACCAGGACGUCGUCGCCGCCGCCUGCGGCGCGUCGGACGCGGCGUCCUCCGCCGCGCUCGUGUCGCUCUUCAGCGUGUGCAACUGCGUCGGGCGGCUGGUUGAGGGGCUGUGCUCGGACGCGGGCGCGCGCGCGGGCGCGCCUCGGGCGGCGACGCUGAUGGCGGCGCAGUCGCUCGUGGCGGUCGGGAUAGCCGUCGUGUGCGCGUCGCCGACGCCGGGGGGGGUGUUCGCCGCGGUUGCGAUCAACGGGUUCGCGCUCGGGGCGCACUGGCGCGCGACGGCGGCGGAGAAGGCGGCGAGUGCCGCGGCGCCGGGUGUUUCCGCGCCGCGAUGA